CAUGAUGCUGCUGCUCCUACUGGUGCUCAGUCCUGCUUGGGCUUGGAUACCAGUUGAGGACUGGGAGUCUGGCAAUGUGACUGCAUCGUUGGGUGAGUCUGGCCAGUGUGUCUGUCAUGUGUAUCUCCCUGACACCAUGUUCCCCGCUGACCGGGUUGAACAUAUGCAACAAGUCACCAAGGAUCUGAUGUUGGAAGUGGAAAUCCAAAUCAACAAGAUGGUGAGCUACAAGGGUAAGUUGGAGAUCUUUUUGGGAGAACUGAAGAACCUGACCACCAGAGUGUUAAUACUGGAGAGUGAUCCUGACAAUUACAUCAAACUGGACUUUGAGCUUCUCAGGAUCGAGCUGAGAGAGUUUGAGGCUCUGGUGUCUCAGCUGAGAGAGUCCCUCAAUUCCUCCUCACCCGUGUUUGACAGUCUGUACUCUGAGAUUCACAACAUGACCCUCAUUGUGAAUCAACUGGAGACUUACGACAAAAGCAACCUGGAAUUGGUCCGCAUUGAGUUUGCUAAACUGCAGAAGAAACUGGAGGAAUGCCAGAAGGAAGCAGACAUCAUCAAUCCAGAUAUCGGCAACUGCAAUCAUACAGGCAUCACUGGUGUCAGCAGGCCGAUGGUCGUUCAGCUGAAUGCUCACUUGAGCUCAAGUUACACAUUUGGGGGUUGGGGGAAAGACUCCAAACCUGCUCGAGGCUAUGAAUCAAUGUAUUGGUAUGGUGGCUACAGCAGUCCCUCAGUGUAUAACUUCUAUUUGUACUCUAACUAUGAUAACUUCAUUCUGAGAUCUGCCUUCAAAGACCAUGACUUACCAAAUGGGUGGUACGGCACUGGUAACAAUUACAUUGUUCAUGGUAACGCCAUAUAUUACCAGAAAAACUCACCUUUCAGUAUGUCCAAGCUGAAUCUGACCACUUCCAAAUAUGAUUACCGUGUGAUCCCACAAGCGAGCCAAAAGUUCUCAUAUAUUUAUUCAGAUUAUCAGAACAUGGAUUUUGCCGCUGAUGAAAAUGGAUUGUGGGUUAUGUAUGCCACAGAAGAAGCCAAGGGUAAACUAGUCAUUGCUAAAAUAGAUGAGCCAUCCUUUGGCAUCGAGAAUGAAUGGAGCACCAAUGUGUACAAGCAGCUGGCGAGCAAUGCUUUCAUGGUAUGUGGGGUUAUGUAUGCCACCAGAUCAGUCGAUCUGAACACGGAGGAGAUCUUUUACUCGUAUGACACCAAGACCGGGGAGGAGAGACACCUCAGUAUUCAGUUUGAAAAGUUCCAGGAAAACUAUGUCAACCUGGAUUACAACCCCUCUGAUCAGAAGCUCUACAUGUACAACAAUGGCUAUUACGUUUCCUACAAUGUGAAGUUCAAAAAUUAGGUGUGCCUUCCUCUGUGC